AUGGCGGAUACGAAAGCUCUACCUGUGUUCGCAUUUACAGACGAUCGAGUACAGUUGCAGCAAUUGCGUGCGUAUAUGAGAGAGCACGGCUCGUCAAUGAAUGAGGAGGGACCUGCUGAUUUCAGUGAAAAUUUGGAAGAGUUGGUUAAAUCAGUCGCUGUUUUGGGUAAUUUGGAAAGUGAGAAAGAAGUGGAAAUGAUUUUAAAUUCGAUAUCGUCGCUUAUUGUCGUACUUACACCGGAAGCAGCUGAGAAAAUAAUCAAUGAAUUUUGUCAGCAACUAUCAUCGGAAAAUUUUAAGGGCACUGGCUGGAAUAGCAAUGCAUCAUCAGCUGUUCGAACCCUUUCAAAUUUAUUUUUUGCUUUUAAUAAACAUCCGCGAGUGCAACAUGCUCUUUAUGUUGCCUUGGUAGCUUUGUGCGGACGAGCACGAAUUAUCGGCGAUUUGGAUACAAGUACUGAGAAAGUAAAUGAAUACAUUAGUCGUUGGUCAUUGGAUCAGAAGCAACAACGCAGUCUUUUGCGGUUGAUUCAUUGGGCUCUCAUCCACGACGGAAGGGCCGAUCAGGCAGCUAAAACAAUGACAGCUUUACUGAGAACAUAUACUGAUGCUGAUGCUGUAUCCGCCAUUGAAGAUGCUCGUGAAUGUGUAAGAACAGCAAUCGUUGAUCCGAAAUCGUUCAGUUUCGAUCAUCUGUUACGGCUCUCUGCAGUACAGUUGCUAGAAAAAAGUGACCCAUUGAUGCACGAAGUGUUAAAACUGUUUUCUCAGGGUACUUUGAAAGAUUAUCAAAACUUUGUUAUGAAGCAUCCAACUUUCAUUAGUGAAAAGUUGCACGUUGACGAUACAGUUUUGAUUAAGAAGAUGCGGUUGUUAACGCUAAUGGAUAUGGCUGAAAAAAAGACUGUAAUAUCUCUUCAUGAUUUAUCGCUUGAAGUUGAUAUACCAGAGAAUGAAGAGCUCGAGGAAUUUAUAAUUGAAGCAAUUAGAAUAAAUGCAAUCAGCGGCAAGAUAAAUGAGUUAAAGAAAGAACUCAAUGUGACGUCGCUUCAACAUCGACGUUUUGGUCGUCCACAGUGGGAGCUCCUUCGAAAACGUCUUAUUACAUUAAUAAGUAGCUUGAGUACAUCACACGAAAAUAUCAAGAAUGUGUAUGCCACUAGUGGUACCACGUAA